GUAAGCAUGACCACACCCUCCACCUCCCUUUCUCCAGGAUUCCGCAAUUUUGAGCCAUAAUAGAAGCGCGCUUACUCCAAGUAAGAGCAUUCGUCUCUCCUUAAUAUAUUAUCGUUAGGGCACGAGCCUCAUCUGUGUCUGGAAAUAGUAAGGCCUCAAAACAGGGGUAUUUGCUUGUUCCGCCUGCAGCUUCUGGGCGAGCGAGGGUGGUCCACGCUGCUGUGUUAAGACUGCCUCUUUCAACUUUCUUCUGCUUUACCACCUGCUGUCACUCCGUGACAGACUCGGUGACAGAAACAACCCAAAGCACCAUGUUGUCUAUUGCCGAGCUUCGGGCUAAAUGCGCCUCACUGCCUCCCGCUGUCUAUGUCUUGUAAGUGCGCCUGAGAAAAGCUCUCCUAUCGCGCUCACAAUCCUUCAGGGCCUGGAUAUUUUUCGGUUCUGUAACGAUAUUGUUCAACAAAUACAUUUUAUCUAACAGAGGUUUCCGUGGGUAUUUCCAAGCGCCCCCUUGCUACUUUACUAACCAGUUUUUCAGAUUAUCGUAUGUCAUCUCAUCUUCCGCGCUCCGCACGGCGAUCAAGUAUCUUAUUCUAAUAACCACACAGCUGCGAUUUUAACAUGUUGGCAUCUAUUUUCCGCUACAAUCGCGACCCAAAUCUUGGCGCGAACAACCACGCUCCUCGAUGGCCGAAAAGAAGUCAGAAUGACAGGACGAGUCUACUUCCGAGCCAUCGUCCCAAUCGGAGUCCUCUACAGUGCUUCCCUCGUCUGCUCUAACCAAGUCUACCUCUACCUCAGUGUAGCAUUCAUCCAGAUGCUGAAAGCCAGCUCUCCAUUCGCAGUCCUCAUCGUCUCCUAUUUAUUCGGUGUCUCAAAUCCGAAAUUGAAGGUAGUUUUGAACAUCCUCGUCAUCGUUUUUGGAGUGGCUCUCUCCUCAUUUGGUGAAAUCAAGUUCUCCUGGAUUGGUUUCUUUUACCAAGGCGGAGGUAUCUUUUUCGAAGCCAUCCGUCUAGUCAUGAUCCAAAUUCUCCUGUCCGGCGAAGGACAGAAUAUGGAUCCGCUAGUCUCGCUUUACUACUAUGCGCCGAUUUGUACAGCUAUGAACUUCCUUGUUGCCUUGGUAAUGGAAUUCGGAGCAUUCCAGAUAUCCGAUAUCUAUGAAGUCGGGCUCUGGACACUGCUGCUCAACGCCGCUGUGGCCUUUCUGCUUAACGUUUCUUCUGUAUUUCUGAUUGGAAAGACCUCUGGAUUGGUGAUGACACUUUGUGGCGUCUUGAAGAAUAUUCUACUUGUCGUAGCAAGUAUCUUAAUCUGGGCAACAAUCAUUACACCAAUCCAGUUCUUUGGAUACUCAAUCGCCUUGUGUGGAUUGGUAUAUUACGGCGUUGGCUAUGACGGCAUCAUGACCUACUACAAAACCACCAAGGAAUUCGCUCAAAAGAUUCUGUCGGGUUCUUCUGCGCAAGAUAUCGAGGAAGGAGAAGGACUCACCGGCCGACCAAAAGGGUUUCUGGAGAAUCCAACGACACAAUGGGUCGUGAUGAUAGCGAUGUAUGCUACUAUCUUCCUUCUCCUCAUCACGGGAAUCAUGAUCAAAACCGGAACGGCGCCAGAAUAUCUACAACAGAUCUUCGGAAUGGUUGAUGAUUGAAGCCAUGAACGUCUAACUUUGCAAUUCGAAGACAAUUUGUACUAGAUAUACUGUAGUGGAACAAAUGGAGUUUGGUUUAUGGGUCGAAUGUAGGCUGGACGCUGCAGAGUAGUCUUCAGAACCGCGAAGAAAGAAUAGAGGUUCAUUCAAUUCUUUGUUGAACGUGUAGAACAAUGUACGAAAAUUGGCACUCACGAUUCUCUGAGAGAAGUAGCUUAGAUACUUCUUCACAAUUUAUGUUCAUUCGUCAGUCACACGUAACAUCAAAUGAGACUUG